AUGAGCGCGCCAAGAAAAAAGCUAUCGGGAGCGGAAUAUAGGAAAAGGGCUAAAUAUAAGGAGUUGCAGGGAAAACAAUGUGCAGAUAAUAUGAAAAAUUGGCUUCUCAGAGGGGGUGACCCGUCAGUAUCUGCUGCAACGUCCGAAGUUGAUAUUCAGUUAGAGGAUGUUUCUCGCACUUUGCCCGAUCAAACGGAUCAAGAUUUUUCACAGUCCGAUUUCACAGUGCAAACUUCACCAUCUUUAUCGAUGUGCGGAGAACAACUUGAAAAAACAAAGCCAGAAUACGAAGGAUCUAAAUCCCCGCACUCGGAUUCGGAUGAACUGCAAAAAACUGGAUUUGAUUUGACUGACCCAGGCAAUUGGCCAGGGGUGGAAAAAAUGACCGACCAACAACGGUCUUUCUUUAGCAAUCAGGCUGUAUUAUUAGCAGAAAAUCACCCCGAAAACAUUGAAUUUAGAUCUACUGAACGCAAUGGCAGACAUUUAACAGCUUCUAUGUGGUACAGGACGUUGGCUAAUUGCGAAAGAGUUAAAAGAUCUUGGCUUAUAUAUUCUAAGACAAAAAAUGCAAUAUUUUGUGCGUGCUGCAAGAUUUACCAGAAACCGUCUUUUACCGCCACAUCUGCAUUGUGUUCUACAGGAUUUAUUAAUUGGAAAAAAUUUCAGAGAGAUUAA